AUGGCAAAGCCCGAGCCGGAUGUUAAUGUCCCAGCUGGUGACGAGAAGAAGGGCGCCAAGCUGUUCAAGUCCAAGUGCGCCCAGUGCCACACUACUAACAAAGGAGGCGCAACCAAGCAGGGUCCGAACCUAUACGGGCUGUUCGGAAGGCAGUCGGGCUCCGCCGACUACGCUUACACCGACGCCAACAAAUCUUCCGGUAAGUACACGCCGAAUAGCGAUUAUGAACGCAAUGAAACGGCCACUCAAUCCGAAACAGGCAUCGUGUGGAGCGACAAGCACCUCUUCAUGUAUUUGGUCAACCCCAAGGAGUACAUCCCUGGAACCAAGAUGGUUUUCGCCGGCAUGAAGAAGGAACAGGAGAGGGCAGACCUCAUUGCCUACCUCAAGGAAGCCACGAAAAAAUAA